UUCGCUACACUUGACGCACAGUCACACUGAUUUAACCAAAAAACCCUAGUAAUCUCAGCAAGGUUUCUCUCUCUCUACAGAUAUUUGAAAAAAUGCCUCCGAAGGCAGCUAAAUCCAAGGAAGCACCUGCAGAGAGGCCCAUUCUUGGCCGAUUCUCGUCUCACCUCAAGAUUGGAAUUGUUGGCUUGCCAAAUGUUGGUAAAUCGACUCUUUUUAACACGCUUACAAAGUUGUCAAUACCGGCGGAGAACUUCCCUUUUUGUACCAUUGAGCCCAAUGAGGCCCGUGUUAAUAUUCCUGAUGAGCGAUUUGAAUGGCUUUGUCAAUUGUACAAGCCCAAGAAUGAGGUAUCAGCUUUCUUAGAAAUUCAUGAUAUAGCUGGACUUGUUCGUGGUGCUCAUCAAGGGCAAGGAUUGGGGAACAGUUUUUUAUCUCACAUUCGUGCAGUUGACGGCAUUUUUCAUGUUUUACGUGCAUUUGAAGAUCCAGAUAUCAUUCAUGUUGAUGACAUUGUGGAUCCUGUGAGGGAUUUAGAGAUUAUAAGUGAAGAAUUACGGCUCAAGGACAUUGAAUUUAUGGAAAAGAAGAUAGAGGAUCUCGAAAAGAGCAUGAAGAGGAGCAAUGACAAGCAGUUAAAAAUAGAGCAUGAGUGCUGUCUGAAGGUCAAAAAGUGGAUUGAGGAGGGAAAAGAUGUCCGUCUCGGGGACUGGAAAGCUGCUGAUGUUGAGAUUCUGAAUACUUUUCACUUGCUCACCGCAAAACCUGUUGUUUACUUAGUUAACAUGAAUGAGAAAGAUUAUCAGAGAAAAAAGAACAAGUUUCUGCCCAAGAUUCAUGCUUGGGUGCAGGAGCAUGGGGGUGAGCCUAUUAUCCCUUUCAGCUGUGCAUUAGAGAGAAAUCUUGCUGAUAUGCCGCCAGAUGAUGCUGCAAAGUAUUGUGAGGAGAACAAGGUACAAAGUGCCCUUCCGAAGAUCAUAAAGACCGGCUUCUCAGCAAUUAAUCUCAUAUACUUUUUCACUGCAGGCCCUGAUGAGGUGAAGUGCUGGCAAAUCCGACGGCAGACAAAGGCUCCUCAAGCUGCAGGAACUAUUCAUACUGAUUUUGAAAGAGGGUUCAUUUGUGCUGAGGUAAUGAAAUUUGAUGAUCUGAAGGAACUUGGUACCGAGUCAGCUGUUAAGGCUGCUGGUAAGUAUAGACAGGAGGGAAAGACGUAUGUGGUGCAAGAUGCAGACGUUAUAUUUUUCAAGUUCAAUGUUUCUGGGGGCGGGAAGAAGUGAGCCAUUCCCAUUAUAAGUUUUAAGGUGAAUUUCUUGAUGGGGAGAUUCUAAGAAGUUCAUUAUAACGUUUUGUUAUUUUUUUUGUGGGAAGAUCUGUAUCUUGUUUUUCUGUUGUAUAAAGUUUAGUUAAGUUGAUUAGUUUUGAUGAGUCUUAACUAUAUUAAAUGUCAAUGGAGAACAACUGCAAACCAAUUGAUUUAUGACUCUUAUCAUUUUCCUAGAAUGAUCACAAAGUUAUGCUGGUAUUUUACCAUUUGAAAA